UUUUUUUUUUUAAACAGAAAUACACUUUCGGGAAAUGGCCUCUAAAUCUUGGUUGAAUUUUUUAACUUUCCUCUGUGGAUCAGCAAUAGGAUUUUUCUUAUGUUCUCAGCUAUUUAGUAUUUUGUUGGGAGAACAGGGUGACACCCAGCCUAGUAUUCUUCAUAAUGAUCCUCACGCUAGACAUUCAGAUGACAAUGGACAGAAUCAUCUAAAAGGACAAAUGAACUUCAAUGCAGAUGCUAGCCAACAUAAAGAUGAGAACACAGACAUCGCUGAAAACCUCUAUCAGAAAGUUAGAAUUCUUUGUUGGGUUAUGACAGGCCCUCAAAAUCUAGAGAAAAAGGCUAAACACGUCAAAGCUACCUGGGCCCAGCAUUGUAAUAAAGUAUUGUUUAUGAGUUCAGAAGAAAAUAAAGACUUCCCUACUGUGGGAUUAAAAACCAAAGAAGGCAGAGAUCAACUGUACUGGAAAACAAUUAGAGCAUUUCAAUAUGUUCAUGACCAUUAUUUAGAAGAUGCUGAUUGGUUUAUGAAAGCUGAUGAUGAUACCUAUGUAAUACUGGACAAUUUGAGAUGGCUUCUUUCAAAGUAUGAGCCUGAACAACCCAUUUACUUUGGGAGAAGAUUUAAACCCUUUGUAAAGCAGGGUUAUAUGAGUGGAGGAGCUGGAUAUGUACUAAGCAAAGAAGCCUUGAAGAGAUUUGUCAAUGCAUUUAAAACGGAGAAAUGUACACAUAGUUCCUCCAUUGAAGACUUAGCACUGGGAAAAUGCUUGGAAACUCUAAAUGUAGAAGCUGGAGAUUCCAGAGAUAACACUGGAAAAGAAACUUUCCAUCCCUUUGUACCAGAACACCAUUUAGUCAAAGGUUAUCUACCCAAAACUUUUUGGUACUGGAAUUACAACUAUUAUCCUGCUGUACAGGGUCCUGGUUGCUGUUCUGAUCUUGCCGUUUCUUUUCAUUAUGUUGAUUCUGCAACUAUGUAUGAAUUAGAAUACCUCGUUUAUCAUCUUCGUCCAUAUGGUUAUUUAUAUAGAUAUCAACCUGCCUUACCUGAGAAUAUACUAAAGGAAAUAAGUCAAGCAAGAAAAAAAAAUGAAGAUUUAAAAGUAAAAUUGGGAAACCCUUCAAAGAAAAGUGAAUGAACUAAAGUAAGAUGGUCUAGCAUUGCACUGAAGAACUUCUGCAUUUCUGACAUUGAACCUUGAAAUCCCAGUGAGGAAUUCAUUCUAAGUGAACAUUCCACAUAGUAAUCUAUCAAAUGAAUGGCUGUAAACUGAAGCUUUAAAUGAGCUGUGAAGUCUGUUAAAAUGUGUUUUGAUACAGUAAUAUAUAAAUAUAUCUUUGAAGAACUUGUGUUUUUAAAAUGGUGACAGUAGAAGAACUAGAAAAGAGAUUUUGUUGGCUGUUCCUGACCAUGUGUAUUAUUGUUACUGAGAAACUAAAACAGUGAAGUUUGCUAUAGCUGCACUGCACCAUGUUAGUAACAGACACAAUGCUGAACAGAUCUGCCUUAAAGAAAAUUUUAGAAGGAAAUACUGUUGCUCAGUGUUGUUUAUAAACUCAUUUGCAGUACGAUAUAAAUGAACCGCCCCCAUUUGUCUAAUGAAAAUUUUCCUGUGAUUAUAACUGGCAGUGUUUCUUCAAGAAGGUAGCAUAAGAAUGGCACUUAUCCUAAAGUGCAUUAAUAAAACCACAUUUUGAAAUUA